CGGGAUGCUCCCAUUCCAGGGAGGAGGGGGUUCUCGGCGCCUGCGCAGUGCAGUGCUCCGUUGGCGCCUGCGCAGGGUGAUGGCGGCACCGUGGCUGGGCUGGGAGGCGCCGGGUCGGGCGCUGCGGGGCCUGGCCUGGCUGGGGCAGGAGUUCGCGGCCGACUGGGCGGCUCAAGACCUGCGGGCCGCGCUCUUCCAGCUGCUGCUGCUCUGGCUGGGCCUCAGCCUGCUGGGCAUCCACCUAGCUUGGCGGCUCCAUGGAGGCCGCGUCAGCCGCCUCUGCUGCCGUCCAGGUACGGGCCGAACUGAACCGGAUGGGCUGGGCUGGGCUACCGCCCAGGUACCGAACGGAGCCGUCCCGAGCCCCCCACCCCGCCGGCCCGGCUGUGCUGCUGCGCAGGCAGAGGCGGCCAGAACGGAGGGACCCCCGCUGGUGCCUCAUAUUUCCCCACCUGGGACAGCUCAAGCAAUGAGGCUGUGAAGACGCACCGAGAGUGAGGCGCGGACGGAUACGCUGGUGGGCAGGGGCAUACCUGGGACAGCUCCACCCAUGGACUCCAGCGCUUCCAGCCAGGAAAACUGGCUUUGCACCUUCGCUGUGUUGGAGAUUGCAGCCAUGUCACCUGUGGGCUAGCUCCUGGCCAGCAGGGAGCUGUACAGCCAGCUGGCCUGUGCCCAUCCCAGCUGGACUCUGCCAUGUCACCCCUGUGGUCACUUCUGGGGGCAUCUGCACUGCCCCAUCAG